UGUGGCGAGUGACGACCGCUGAUCGCCGGUGGGAUGACGAUAGCUGCUGAUUCUUGAUGGGAAGUGCAUCCCUGGCAAACGGCGAGUGAGUUGAACAAGACACGGGUCGAUGUCUCGGCCAGCAUUUUGACAACGAUGUGUCAUGGACUCGGACAGAAUGAUGCUCCGACAAACCAAACUAGAUCUCUCUGAUUGUCCUGGGAUCAGCACGCCAAGUCUUGCUCGAUAAGACUUUGCCAUAGAGAGAGCCGUAGUGGCCAAAACGAUAGAUGAUGCGUGCCAGCCAGGACGGCCCAAAGAAUCAGGAGUGCUGGCGUCGCCCAGAUUGUGGCCCUCGGUGUGCCAGAGAACGAUGCCACAGCCACUUGCACAAUCCAAUCAGACCAGCGAGAGGCCAUGACAACACUGUUGGCCUCGACAGCCUCGAACGUCAUCAGCGGAUGGCUUGGUUUGCCAGGCAUCAAGUCGACAGGAGCAGUCCACCGGGCCAGAAGCCGCAGAUCACUGGCCCUCGCGAGGAGUUGGCCUCCCUCGACGCAUGCAACAGGAUGGGACGAUGCCUGACGACGGGUGGGUGGAUUCUCAAUCCUGGGUGGCGACAGAGCAAUCGACCACAGCCAUCGAUGCUGCUUCAACCAGUUUCCUGGCAGCUUGCCAAGGACGAUCAAGUUCGUGGGUCGAUAGCAGCGCAGCCGGUCGUGGCAGCCACGGAGGCCUGGCAGAUUGUGAUCUGGUCAUGUCCCUCUUCAUCUCGGCAUCCAGGUUGCGAUGAAGAGGGACAGGACCAUGCUGACCACUCGAAUGGGUUGUUCCAUGGGAUAUAUGCUGCGCGGCCUCACGGGGUCUGGAGCGGACAUGCUUGUGCGCCUCGAGGUGUUCAUACGCACCGCACAUGCAUCGACAUAACCAAUAAGCCUAAACCUCAAAUUUGACUGGCCAGCGCCACCGCACUGGCCUGGUUAGAUUCCAAGA